CUGCGUUUAGUAAUAGAAAGAAGCGAUGUUUUGUUAGUUCGCAAUUAUUGCAGGCCGUGUGAUUAGAUAAGCGAUUUGACAUUAACGUACGGCUGACGGACACCGCGGACACUCCGGUUCCGAUCAAUUAAGACGCUGCGGUUUCGUUGUGAUGUUGGUUUUGUGACAGUGUUUGUGCUUCUUCAUCGUCUGACACAAUAGGGCUGAUCCUCCUUCAUUAAUAUAAGCAUCAAGUCGGCAGGGAAAGAAGGACAGAAUGCUGAAGGACCGGGAAAGCGUUGAAAGGGGCUCUCCGUGCAGCAGUUUGCACAGUGGUUCCACCGGGCACGAUGUGACAUCUUGUGCAGGAUGCGGAGGCAGGAUCCACGAUAGGUUUUAUUUGUUGGCCGUGGAUAGACAAUGGCAUGCGGCGUGCUUAAAAUGCUGCGAAUGCAAGCUACCAUUGGACACGGAGCUCACCUGUUUCGCCAGGGACGGGAACAUCUACUGCAAAGAAGAUUAUUACAGAAUGUUCGCCGUAACCAGAUGUGGCAGGUGUCAUGCAGGCAUAUCGGCAAACGAAUUAGUAAUGAGAGCACGGGAGUCCGUCUACCACCUGCAUUGUUUCUCCUGCACGUCCUGCGGAAUACCGUUGUCCAAGGGCGACCAUUUCGGCAUGAGGGAGGGCUCCAUUUAUUGCAGAUAUUGCAUUUGCUCCAGACCGCACUACGAGCUACUCGAUAUGUGCGAUUCGAACGAUCCGAUGGAUAUGAUGUACAGGGGUGGCGAAUCGCCCGGCUACUAUCCGAACACGCCGCCGCAACAGCACAAGGGCAGGCCCAGGAAGCGGAAGAUUCAGCCCGAGGAAAACUCGCCCUGCGGGGAAAUGCCCGUUUCGAUGCGGAUGGCUGCCGCAACCUUGGAAAUGCUGCAAGGUGAGCUUUCCUCAUCGAUGGAAUCCUUGUCCUACGACUCGUCAGUUACAUCACCCGCAUCCAGCAACGGCCAUCAAAGUCAAAGAACAAAGAGGAUGCGAACAUCCUUUAAACACCAUCAGUUGAGAACCAUGAAGACAUACUUCGCAAUAAACCAAAAUCCCGACGCCAAGGACCUCAAGCAACUGGCGCAGAAGACCGGUUUAUCCAAAAGAGUGCUCCAAGUGUGGUUCCAAAAUGCCCGCGCCAAAUGGAGAAGGAACAUAAUGAGACAAGAGGGCUCCCAAAACAACAACAAUCAGCCGCAGGGACCAAACGUGUCGCCUUCGAGUGGCUCCACCAUAAUGGACACCAACAGUAUGUCCCACCAAUCGCUGGAUGACUUACACCAUCAUCUACAUUCCCAAAAUUCACAAACAUUGAACUUCAGUGAUAUUUAUUAAGUUGCAUCGAUGUAGAUUUAAACACACAUGUUCCUUUUAUUAGUGAUAAUUGUAAAACUAUUAUUUUAAAUAACGUUCAGUAUUAAUUAUCCUUCUAUUAAUUCGUGGCACAGUUUUCAACGUUGUUAAAGGAUGUCUUAAGAAGAAAUCAAUUUACUUUAAUCGACAAUAAUAAUUUGAUUAUUAUCACGAUCUCAUAAUCCAUUCAGUAUGGUUAAUUAGAAGGAAUUAUUUAAUACAAAUUACAAAUAUUUAUAGUAGUUUGCACGAUUUUAAAGGCAAGAAUAGAGCUGGUUGUUUGUAUAUAAUACUUGUGAAUACAUGUGCAAUUGAUUUCGCAUAGUAUAUUUGUACAAUUUUUGAACUGUAUAAUGUAUUAUGGUUGUUGUAAACAAAAAAGUGUAUGUAAACCUUAUAAAGCCAUUUACACAUGCAUAUAUUUAUUAAAUUAUUACUUAUUAUUUACUCUAUUGUAAAUGACUUUACUUGAUUUAUAUAUUCCUUAAUUUUAUUGUAUAUAAUUUGUAAAAUAAACUUUUUAAC